AUGCAUUAUUUGUUGAAGCUGGAACUAGCUUUUGCAGAUAUGCUACUAAACUAAAUAACUUAUAUAACACCAGUGUCACCAAAUUAACAAAAAGUGCCUACAUAAACCCCCCACAAAUUGUGCAUAGUCUGCAUUCUGCAUACCUGCCUCUACCUCAGCUCUAGAAUUCUCAACUAGAAUCAAAAUGAACAAUGUCAUUAUUCUCACCAUUUCUUUGUACUUUCAAAUCUCUUUAGGACAAAGUGACGAACUUGGUUUGGAGCCUUUGUCCCAAUGGGGUGGGAAAACGUACUUCAUAAGCUCAAAAAUGGUGGCUGCAAAUUCGGCUGCCGAAAUCUGUUCUGUGUACGGGUACAAGCUCCUGAGUAUCGAGGAUGACAAUGAAAACCAAUUUGUAAAGGAGCAAUUACAGCAACUGCAUCAGAAAGACCGCAGCGUUGGCGACGUGUGGACAAGUGGGGUCGCUCAGGCCAACUCGACCUUCACGAGGACAUUCUGGCUCAGCGGUGGUGGCUCCUUCGACCCCGAUUCUGACUAUUCCAGUGCGCAGAUGGAAUUCAUGGAUUUUUCCAAGAUUGUUCAUGUGGGAAUCAGGAACAAAAAAAGACAGAAAGAGAAUAGCGUCAUACGAAAUCGGAGAAACGCAAUUUACAGCAAUUGGAGAAGUUACAACACGAAUACCAACCAACAAAAGCAACAAGCGUACAAUAACCAACAGCAAACCUUGUAUGAUGACUGGCAAAACCAAUAUCAACAAUUGACAACUGCAAGAUACGUAACACAAGAACAAGCCCAAUAUUACCAGAAUCCUUAUCAGGACAGCAAUUAUAACUACCAAUAUUCCAACCAAUAUUACGAAGCUCAGGCCCCGGCUCCAGUUCAGGUUUCCGCACAAAAUGAGUACCAAUACCAAAAUCAGUACCAGAACCAGUACCAAGCUCAAGUUGGAACUAAUCAGUACGGAUACAGUUCCAAUGUCAAUCAAGCGAUAGAGAUUCAGCGUCCUGGCUCUAGUAAUCGAUGCAAUUGCUCGUGCGACUACUCCCCUUAUUGUGACCGCACCCCAAAAUGCACCGUAGAUUUGCAGCCUUGUGUAACUAGAAAACGAGAAUGCUCGUAUGAUACUCCCACAUGUUCGGCAACAAGAGGAAACUGUUCUGCUGCGUGUCCCCCUUGCACCAUCGACCCACCCAAAUGCACGGUGACUCAAGGGGCCUGCAACGUCACUACGGCCCCGUGCACUCUCCGAAAGCAACCAAUAUGCACCUUGAGAGCUGAGGAGUGCACCACAACUCGACCUCCCUGCACCACAAGACCGGGUAACUGCUCGGUAAAGAAGUCAAAGGUGCCAUGUCCAACAACACCAAAAUGCAGGCCAGGAGGCUGUGAAUCCGUUCAGCCCCCAUGCACCAAGGAACAAGGACCAUGCACACUUACCACAGGUCCAUGUCCUGCUAACAGUGGACAAAUGUGUCAGACUCAGAAAUGUCCUGAACCUAUAACCAAAUGCCCUCCACCUUAUACAACAUGCCGUCCUUUUAUCGACUGUACUCCCAUUAUCUGCCAAUCACCUCUAAUUGUGUGCCAAGAACCUACCACCCAUUGUCCCAACCCGGUCACGUAUUGUCCACCAGCCACCAUAGUUUGUGGAGAGCCUGACAUUUUUUGUCCAGAACCAGACAUCGUUUGUCCUGAGCCAGUUGUUAAAUGUUCCAAACCAAUCGCCGUUUGCCCCAAGGGUGUCUCUUGUCCUGGAGUUAUCACUCAUUGCACUGACGCAAAGGUUCGAUGCAAUACUCCGGAAGUUUCGUGUCCCCCUCCUAAAAUUGAGUGCCAGCCUCCACCAACGUGCACCCCACCUGAGGUUCCCCCCUACCCAGAUCCAGUCUGCCCACCCGGUUAUGAGGACUGCUGUGAUCAGAAGCAGUCGUAUUAUCAGCAAGGAGAUCAGGCACCGCAGGGCGAUCAACCAGUACGCCAAGAAGAUGAGCCGAGUGGUUAUCAAGAAGAUGUCCCCACCUCAGACGUUAUAGCAAAUUCUACCCUAUCAGAUAACCAGGACAAUGAUCCGAAAGAAGUAGAUGUCAUUCAUCAAGUGGCAGACGAGGACGUUAGUCGCAACCACUUUCGUUGUAUCGGGUUGGCUGAAAAGCAUGCCUUCAAAUGGGACUUGAAACAUUGUACAGAUAAGCGAAGGUUCAUUUGCGAAGAAGGCACAAGCGAUGAGUGAAACUUAUUUACAUGGUAGAUACGCAAAUAUUUCUGUCGUAAAGUCAUAAAUACAAUCAUUUAAUAAAUAAUAAAAGUAUUGUACACGAUAAGUACAAGCAGGAAGCUUUA